AAGUGGGAAUCAACUCCUUUUUUAAUUUAGUUGUUAAUCUCUGUAGUCAUUUAGAUCCCUUUUCUGAUAAUGAGGUUAUUUACAGGAAUUUACUACUCUGUCCCUUCUGGCAGAAAAUUCCAUAGUUCCGCUUCUGUCAGCAUAAUUUAUUGUUGGGUUUUGUUCCCUGGUCAGAGCUUGAGCAAUAUUUCAUCAACAUUGGUGUAUAAAUCAUACAUUUAGUGGGCUAGACUGGGGAAGAAUAAAUAGAAGUAUUGUCAUUCCAAGCAUAGUGAGUCAGAAAUAGUUCCUUCUCAUACACACCUAAUGACGGAAUUCCAUUCCUGCCUGGCUAGGUCACCGAGAUGAAACCUCUGCAGACUCCGCCCCCCCCUCAGGAGUGGCCCUACCUUCUUUCUUCUGUCAGAGCUGUGGGGCCGCACCUUUAUGCACUAUGAGAGCGGAAGACUGACCAUUGGAAUGCAAUCGCUUGCGGAGGAAAGAUGACAGACGUGCAAGAGCCACAGACCUCGUUGCUCUCUGUUGAGCAGCCCUUGACAAAUGGAUCAGCGAGUAAUGAGGUGCGCGUCUCCAUUGUGGAUGGGCCCCAACUCAAUCACAAAAACUCAGGGACCUCCUCUUCAAGACGGCCCAAUCACAACCGGCUAAAAUUCUCCUGCAGCCCGCGUCGCCUGGCAAUCAUAAGCAUUGUGUGUGGCUACUCCUGUGUGGGCAUCAAAGCCUUACUCCUGGCUGUCAAGGCAGAACGUGAAGGAGACCAGCAGCAGAAAAGACAUCUCUCUAGAAGAUCUCGAUGCCUUUCUGCCCUCAGCAUCAGCCUAUGUGUGGGAACCCUCAUGCUUUUGCCUCUUCUGCUCAUCUUGUUGUCCUAUCUACUGGCCGUGGCUGAAUGAACCACCGACGAGCCGCCUAUUUAUUAACUUCUUAUCUAUUUAAACUAUGCUUGCGUGUAUAUAGAGAUACGUGUAUAUCAGAAAGGGAACUAUGAACUUCACAGAACCACACAUUGCCGGCCUGCCCAAUACGGUUUCAAAAAUGUGGCAACUGAAGGCUCCUUGGGGGCACAUUGGGAGAAUGGCAGAAUGUUGCAAUUUGUAGCACUUGUCAAUAUUGCCAGUUUCUGGCUUUAAAGUAUGUAAUAUGCUUUGUUGUAUGUAUAAGGUUUGGGGAAAUGGUGACGUCACAAUGGAGCAAGUGGCUGGGCUGCAGGCCUUCUACUCAACUCUACAAACUAUGGGGGUGUUAACAAAAACUCGAUUUUUUUCGGUUAGGGUUUUUUUGACUCAGAAAACCCAGAUUUAUUACUCAACAAAACCGCGGCAAUUCAGAAUCCGAAAACGCGCCAUCUACAACCUGUCGAGAUCAUGUAGAAGUCAAUGGGAGAUGUCUCUUUUACAGCUGGAAGGUCUUUCUUUCUCUUGGGGUUUUUUUUAUGUUUUUUUUUACGCGGUUUUCUGCAAUUCAUGGAAAUUAGUUUGAAACCCCCCCCUCCCAGAAAAAAACGAGUUUUAGUCAAUCCCCCCCAUAUGUGCAUGUAUAUAACUUUAGAACUAGUGUAUAUAACUGUGUACAAAUAAUUUGUAUUUUAUAUUUUUACAUACAUUCGGGAGUUUAUAUGGCUAUAUUUUUUAAUGAAGGAAGGAUGUAAAUAAAAGGGUAUCCCCUCCAGCUCCUGUAAAACUACAAUUCCCAGCAUCCUCUAGGAGCAGCUGAUAGGGAGAAUGUUGGAUGAUCUGAUGUUAUUUGGGGGAUUUGUGUUUUGGUCAUGUGCAUUAGAAACAGGGUUGGGCUGGGCCGCCGGGACACCAGGAAAAAUCCCAGUGGGCCCCGGCGGCCCCCAGACCCAACCCUUGCUGGCACUCCCCCUGCCCGACCGUUCCUCCCCUGAUGUGUUACAUUUACGCAUGCUCGGUGGAGGACGUUGGUGGGGGCCCCUCGGGGGGGGGGGGAGUUAGGGGAUGCGGCCGGCGGGGGCACCUGCAGGGCCCCUGGGGCGGGAGCUGCGUUGGGCCCUUCACCCCCCAGUCCGACCCUGGUUAUAAACGCCUUGGGCUCAGCCCUGCCUUGAUGUAAUCAAAGCAGGGGCUAUGUUCCAGGCCCAGACUGGCAAUCUGUGGGUUCUGGCAAAUGCCAGAGGGGCUGCUGUAAGAUGCCAUAGUCACUCACUAUUUAUUGGGCUCAUAGGGGGGCUGUUUGGGCCUCUGUGUACUUGAAAUGCCAGGCCAGGCCUGCCAUGUUGCUUGCACUUGUAAUAAGAAGUGCAAAAUUUGCCUGGGUGCUAGUAACCCAUAGCAACCAAUCAGCAGCAAGCAUUUACAAGCCUGCUGUUUGAAAGCAUAUAUCUGAUUGGUCGCUAUGGGUUACUAGACCUGGAAGGAACUUCAUUCCAAUGCCCUUAAGGGUGUGUGUAUUUAUAACUGUGCGGGAGUACAUGCAUAUAUGUUUGCUGUGUGUGUGCUAGGCGUGUGUGUAUGUGUGUGAGAGAGUGUGUGAGUCUGCUGGGCGUUUGUUCAGUAGUGUUUAUUUGUAUUGGGUAAUUUCCCCCCCCCCCCGCGCAAUAUGGGAGAUAUAUGCUUAGGGCUGAAUCGUCUGAUAUGGAGGUAGAAACAAUAGGAAUUCUACCUCCUUCUGCCGAUUCAGCCCUGAGCAUGGAUUUUGCUUGGGCGCCUUCACAAGGUUUCAUAUGAUAUAAUCGGUGCGUGUAUGGCCGGCUUAAUGCUGCCUUUUUUUUUAAAAAAAAACACGAUUUUUUUGUAGUUUUUUUUUUUACUAAAUUUUUAUUUUUUUUCUAAAUGUACAUUUCCAUGGUUAAAACAAAAAAAAUCACAGUCUGCACAUAACCAUACACCUACUCAUGUCUGUCUGUAAAAAAAAUAUAUGUAUAUACAGUAUAUGUGUGUAUAUUUUAUUAUUUUGAUAUAAAGCAUAUCUUUUUUGCUAAA